CCGCGCGCCGCAGGCUGCUCGCCGCCGCCGCCGCCAUCUUGGAAGCGGGCAGAGGGCGAUGACGUUGCUGGAGGGCGGGCCGCGGGGUGACGGCGUCAGACGGAGCCGAGCGGAGCCGCGCGUGUCGCUGAGGUUCGGUGCUGCUGCAGAAAUGGGGGAGUAUGGAAUCGUACCUGGACAGCGUGUGGCCGUCAUCUGGGACUCCUCCUCGCCAGUUGAGGCACUGAAGGAUUUGGUGGAUAGAAUUCAAGCGCUGGUGGGAGCUGAUAUCCGUGUGUCCGUGGAAAACAUUAACCAGCUGUCUCAAUCGGCUCACAGGGAGUCCAGUUUCGAUGUAAUUCUCUCUGGCGUGGUGCCAGGUAGUACCGUCCAGCACAGUGCAGAUGUACUGGCAGAAAUAGCUCGGAUACUUAAGCCAGGGGGCCGUGUCCUCCUGAAAGAACCAGUGGUUACAGAAUCAGAAAACAGCAAAAUUAAGACAGCAGCCAAACUGCCCACAGCUCUGACUCUCUCUGGGCUGGUGGAAGUGAAGGAGCUGCAAAAGGAUCCUCUGACCCCAGAGGAGGCCCAGUCGGUCCGAGAGCAUUUGGGUUACCAAGGCAAUGACCUUCUCAUUGUUCAGAUGGAAGGCAGGAAACCGAACUUCGAAGUGGGAUCCUCAAGUCAGCUCAAACUUUCCUUUGCCAAGAAACCUCGUCCUUCAGGAAAGCCCUCUGUGGACCCGGCUACUGCUAAGCUGUGGACUCUCUCUGCCAAUGAUAUGAAUGAUGAAGAGAUGGAUCUUCUGGACUCAGAUGAGCUGUUGGAUUCAGAGGACUUGAAGAAGCCGGAUCCAUCAUCCCUCAGAGCUCCAUCUUGCAAAGAAAUGGGCAAGAAGAAAGCCUGCAAGAACUGCACGUGUGGCCUGGCUGAAGAGCUGGAACAGGAGAAGAAGAGCUCACAACCCAAAUCCGCCUGUGGAAAUUGCUACCUGGGAGAUGCAUUCCGCUGUGCCAGCUGCCCUUACCUGGGGAUGCCAGCGUUCAAACCUGGAGAGAAGAUUCUUCUGAAAGAGAACCAACUGCAUGAUGCCUAACAGACAUUUCUGGGUGUCCUGCAAAGGACUCCUCUGCUUUUCCAUCAGUCUGAGAUGCAGAGCUUCUUCCAGUCCUCUUCAUCCUCUCAAAUUCAUGCUCUCCAGCCAGUACUCCUCAUGAGGAGGGACGCUGUGGACACUGACACUGCUGUGAGCUCAUCAGAUGUAAUCAAUCUUGGGGUAUCUGAUAAUCUUUGACAGGUGGUCUUGUAUGUAUUAGACUUCUUCAUGUUACGCCUUGUUUUAGGUGGCUUGAUUUGAUAUUGAGACGCUGUCCAUCACAGCAUGUCCCACUAGGAGAGGGAAGUGGAAUUGAGUGUCAAGCUGACCUUAUGAGUGCGUGGCCGGAGCCUCGUUGGUACUUCCCCUAGCCCGCAGCGUACCGCUCCUUGCCAUAAUUAUCCCUGGUGAAUCAGCAGCUCUGGCUUAGCUUUCAAGGUGACACUGGGCUCCUGCGCUCUUGGAAAUUUGAACCUGCAGUUCUUUACCACGUGAAGGUGGCUCAGCAGCUCCUGUUGUGUAAGUCAGGAGUAGUAAGUACACCCAGUGAUGUACGAUGUACAUGGAAAACCUUUGCAAAGUUUGGCAGGCAUGAUAAAUUUCCAAGAGUUUUGGGAGCCUGCCAGAGAUUACCCCCCUCCCUGUCUCCAUCAAGAUGAAAAAGCUUCACUCAGAUUGAGAAACCUCCUGCCCUUAAGGCAGGGAGUGGAUUAAACAGGAUCCCUGCAUUGUUCCCCCACACCUUUCCAUCCAGCAUGAACUGGUAGCACAAGGGUAAUCUGUCGCUUUUGGUGGUUACCAGCGGAGUUACCUACAGUGUCCGAUAAGUGAGAACAUAGCAAUAACUUAAUUUCUGGGAUGACCUGUGGUCACUAUCUGCUUCUCCAUGAGAUACUGACAGCUCUUUAUUUAUUUGCAUAAUUACUGCUAGUGAAACAUCCACGCAGGUGUGGGAUGAGGGAGCUGUUGUUCUGUGCCAGGCUUUCUCCUAUCCAGAGAAGGAAAGGUGGGAAACCCAAAUCCAGCGUCUCGAAAGGGGAUUGCUCUGUUUGGAGCUGCCGCUCUGCAGAGUGUAACUUCUUGUCACUAUGCUGCCUGAGUCACACCACAGACUCAUGCAGGGAGUUGGGAUGAAAGGCUCAGUUCUUAAAAUAGAUGUGACCAAUAGUAAAGCAUCUGUUUCAAAA